GGCGUGGUGAUGCUGACAGUGGUUGUUGCAGUUUGGAGCAGGCGGACUGAGUAAAGACUUUCCGUGAUCUAUUACCUCUUUUCACUGUGCUUGAAAACCUUUCCUGAGGAGUCUCCCGAGCUUUGGAGAAACAAGUGCUCCUUUUUAUCCAAGAAAAAACAUUGGAGGCAUCUCAUUGAGCUGAUCAGCUUGUGGAUCUCCUUGGGAUCUUGUGAUGGUGAUGCUUCUGGGGCUACUGUUUCUGCUUGCUGAUAUUUCGGGAUCCAGAGUUGCUGCUGAAUCCUUAACAACUGAAGUUCUUGACCUCAUGAAGACAUCCCCAUUAAUCGAUGGACACAAUGAUCUGCCCCUGAAACUAAGGUGGUUAUACCAGAACAAGCUAAGCACAAUCAACUUGAAGACACUCAACACUACAAACACAAACAUUGAGAAGCUCCAGGCUGGCCAUGUUGGGGUGCAGUUUUGGUCAGUGUAUGUUCUCUGCAGUGCUCAGAACAAAGAUGCUGUGCGUUUGACCCUAGAACAAAUUGAUGUUGUCAAACGGAUGUGUGGUGACUACGAAGAAUUGGAACUGGUGACGUCUUCUGAAGGCAUUGAGAAUCUUGGCAACAAUAAAAUAGCAUGCUUGAUUGGCAUUGAAGGUGGGCAUUCCAUUGACAGCAGUCUGGCAACCCUGAGGAUGUUCUACGAUCUGGGUGUCCGGUACAUGACUUUGACGCAUACUUGCAACACUCCCUGGGCAGAAACUUCGACAAAACACAUACAUAGUUUCUAUCCUGAUGUUAAAGGAUUGAGUCCUUUUGGCAAAGAAGUGGUGAAGGAGAUGAAUCGCCUGGGGAUGAUGGUAGACUUAUCUCACACCUCUGAUGAGACAGCAAAAGCAGCUCUUGGGGUCUCGAAAGCCCCCGUCAUUUUCAGCCAUUCUUCUGCCUUCUCCCUCUGUAGCCACUCCAGGAACGUUCCAGAUGAUAUUCUCCUACAGCUCAAAGAGAAUCGUGGAAUUAUAAUGGUGACACUCCCAGUGAAGUUUCUGGCUAGUGGGAAUGAGACAGUUUACAUUUCAACUGUCGCAGAUCACUUUGACCACAUAAAGAAAAUUGCAGGUUCAUUUUCAAUAGGAUUUGGCAGUGACUAUGACGGAGAAAAUCGAUUUCCCGAGGGACUGGAGGAUGUUUCAAAAUAUCCAGCCUUAAUUGAAGAACUGCUGAGAAGAGGUUGGACCAAGACAGAACUUCGUGGGGUUUUGAGAGAGAACUUACUUCGUGUUUUCAAGGAAGUAGAAGAUGUGAAGAACAACUUGCAGGAGAAGGCACGAGAAAUGGAAAUCCCACCUGAGCAGGUUGAUCAAACCUGUCGCCUACAGCUGAGGCCCCCAGUUUCCGCAAGGAGCAGUUCCUACAGACUGUUUUGUGGGGGGCUAUUCAAGAGUCUUGUAUUCACUCUUGGAAUGCACACGAUGCUGCGUUGAAUUUGACUCUGACAACAGCACCAACUGCUUCUUCCAAAGUUAGGAUAGAUACUGAAGAACAAUGCAACUCCGUGCCACUAAGUCUAGAACCAUCAGGACUUCCUGUUUCAUUUUCACAGAAGGCUAAAAGAAUGAAAUUAUUUUAGGAUGCCAAAGGAAGAGCUGCCCAAACGGAGCCUUAAUUUCCACAAACACCACAUGGGUGCAUGCGUGCGUACAUACAUACCCAGCCCAGAAUGAAAUUUAUUCACACACAUCCAAUCACUAACAGCAUAGUCUGAUGCUUAUUUAAUUCCUGUUAAGUUCAGGGGGACUUUGUCCAAGAUCUGUCUUUCAGUAAAUAUGAAUGGGUUUCCACUGUGAAUUUCUUAUCCCUUGAUUAGUCCAUAAUUUGACAUAGGGAGCUCCCCAUGAGAGAAAGUGAUAUGAAAAGAUAUUUGAAAUUAAUGAUAAUGGAAGCCUGAAAAUGGAGAGGGACAGAUACACUGAUGAGAGAUCUCCCCUGUUCACAGUUCCCAAACUAGGUGCCCUCCAGAUCAGGUUUAAUGCUAAGGUUAGAACAUUGUCUGAAGACCUCAAGAAACACUCAGAUUUUUUUAAAGUAGCCUGCAUAGUCGUCAUAUCUGUUUUUGUGAAUCAGAUGAUCAACAAGCCAACAUCUGGAGACCGCUGGGAUGGAGAAGCUGGGAUAAAUUCUCUCCAGUCCAUCUUAUCUCUAUUUAUAGUUAAGACACACAGACAAAUUUUAUUUCGGUCAUUGACUAAUAAAACUACAUCCUAUAAAACAAAGCAAAAUUGUCUCCUAAUAUCAAUAACUCUUGGCAACCAUUUGUGGGCAAAGCUUCCACAUAAUGUAGCAGAAUUUUGCUACUUUCAGAGAAACACAUUUAUCUUGGUUAUCUAACAUAACUAUUUAUAGUUAAUGUUCUAUUAGUUUUUGAAAAAGUGUUUUAAUAGUUUGCUGUCAGCUGCUUUGGACAAUUUUAGCAGAAAGGUGAAAUGAAGCAAGUGUGCAAUAAAUAUCAGUUGAGAACUGGAUUAAGAAGCAACAUUUAAGAGAAUUUAAUUUAAAGGAAGGAGUGCAGGAACAGGUGAAGCAUGGAUGCAGGAUGGGAGUGGACCCUAUAAAACAGAAGUGUUUGCCUGACAAUAUUUUGUGAUGUAAAAAUUGCAGAGUUUUGUU